UUUUUAGAAGUAUCGUGGUUUGUCAGUAGUCACUAGUCAGUGUUCACUAGUCACUAUGAAUUAAAAUGCUAAAUGGCAAUAGUCACUAUCACAAUAUCAUAAUUAUUCACCGCCAUUUAAUAUUUACGAAAUACUAAUGACUAAUGACAGUCAUGAUUAAUUCAAUUAACUUAAUUGAUUUCAAUAACCUACGACCUACUCGUGUCUCGUGCUAUUAUUAUUCCGCCUUUGGGUGUUAUGGAUAAAACAUCUGCAACUUUCAAUAUUAAAUAUCACAACUGUUUCAUUAUCACCCUCAGAGAUUCUUCAAUUUUGUUGUUACAAAAUACUCCUGGUUACAAUAAUUAUUCACAAAAUGGAUAGUACAAAAAGCAAAUGUGUUUUGUUAACUGGUGGCGCAGGGUAUGUUGGUAGCCAUACUAUUAUACCUUUAAUUGAAUCAGGGUAUGAGGUGGUGGUCUUAGAUAAUUUGUCAAAUGCAUGUAAAGGAAAUGAAGGACAAAAUCCGGUACCUAUAUCGCAAGUUGAAAAAUUAGUUGGAAAGCCAGUCACAUUCUAUAAUGUUGAUCUCUUGGAUUAUGAUUCACUCUCCAAAGUAUUUGAUAAGCACAACUUUUGUUGUGUUAUUCAUUUUGCUGGAUUAAAAGCUGUUGGUGAAUCAUGUAUCAUUCCUUUGACUUAUUAUCGAGUCAAUGUCUCAGGAUCAAUCAAUUUAUUUCAAGUCAUGAAAGAACACAAUGUAAAGAAGCUUGUAUUUUCCUCCUCAUCUACAGUAUAUGGUGAACCACAAUUUCUACCGAUAACUGAAUCACACCCGGUUGGUCAAAAUUUACUCAAUGGAUAUGCUAAAUCAAAAUAUUAUAUUGAAGGAAUAAUACAAGACUUAUGCAAUUCUGAUAAAGAGUGGUUUGUGAUUAUUUUGCGUUAUUUCAAUCCAGUUGGAGCUCAUCCUUCUGGAACUUUGGGAGAAGAUCCUACUGGAAUUCCUAACAAUUUAAUGCCAUAUGUUGCUCAAGUAGCUGUAGGAAACCGACCAUGUAUAAAUGUUUUUGGUAACGAUUAUAACACUAUUGAUGGAACAGGAGUAAGAGACUAUCUUCACAUUAUGGAUCUGGCCGAAGGUCAUGUUAGUGCAUUAAAAAAGCUACAAAAUGCUGAUGAAAAUGGAGCUAUAGCUAUAAAUUUAGGCACAGGAAAUGGAUACUCAGUGAUACAAGUAAUUGAUAUGUUUAGUCAAGUUAGUGGACAAAAAGUAAAAUAUGAUAUAGUUGAUCGUCGUUCGGGUGAUUGUGCUUCUUCUUAUUGUGAUGCAUCGUUUGCCAAAUCAUAUCUUGGAUGGGAAGCUAAGAGAACAUUGAAGGAAAUGUGUGAAGAUACAUGGAGAUGGCAGUCAUCAUAUCCUCAAGGUUUUUUGACUAAGAAAUAAUUAUAAUAUGGUUAUUAUGAAAUUGUGAACAAAUUAUUAUUAUUUAUUGUUGUUGUUAAUUAUAAUUAUUAUUUCUUACAAAAUGUUUUUAGAAAUUUUUAAAACUCUGUUUUAUAAUAUUUUAUAAUAUUAUAUUAUAUUGUACAAUAACAUAAUUAAAUAUGCAGUUUUAUAUAAUAUUAUAAUGUAUACUUAUACUUUGCUUACAACAA